CAAAAGAGAACAGAAAAAAAGAAGUUAUAUUACAGAGUUCAUAGUCAGCAGCACUCAUCACUAACCAUUGGAAGCCAUUAAGCGUUGAAAUUCAGUCACUAUCCAAACCCUAACACUCCGGCACCGGCGAUGGUGGACACAAAAGUAGAAACCAUAUCCAGAUUAGCUCAAUGGCGGAUCGACAACUUCGGACCCUGCACCUACAAAAGAUCCGACCCCUUCAAAAUCGGCAUGUGGAACUGGCAGUUAUCGGUUGAGAAGAAUCGGUAUUUGUAUGUUCGUUUGUUUCCGGAACCUUCUCGGUUAUCGAAGGAGCAACCGCCGAUUGCUAAGUUUAUUAUUCGAGUAACCGCUGCCGGAACUAAUCGCCGCCCCUAUAUUUCACCGAUACACGAAAGACUUCUUCGAACAAGUGAAGACUUUGUCUGGCCUGUUGAUUCCACUUUCCACGGUCGUUUCGUCAUUGAUGUCGAGUUUCUCGACUUGCAGAUUUAUUCGGUAAACGGUGAAGAAGCAAGUUCAAUAUGGCCAAACGACGGAAUGCUAAGAUCAUCAGCAAACGAAAGCAUUCUCCGUUGUCUAUCCCGCAUGCUUCACGACUCAAUCGACGCUGACGUCACCAUCAACACAUGUGACGGAGCCUUGAAAGCUCACAAAGCAAUUCUCUCCGCAAGUUCACCGGUUUUCCACAGCAUGUUCCAACACAACCUCCAAGAAAAAGAAUCAUCCACCAUUAACAUCAAAGACAUGUCACUCGAAUCAUGCACCGCCCUUCUCUCGUACCUAUACGGAACCAUCGUACAAGAGGACUUCUGGAAGCACCGCCUCACGCUCUUAGGUGCGGCAAACAAGUACGCGAUUUCAAACUUGAAAGAUUUGUGCGAGGAAAGUUUGUUGGAGGAUAUAAACACGGGUAAUGUUCUCGAGAGGCUGCAAGAAGCAUGGCUUUACCAACUUGACAAGUUGAAGAAGGGGUGUUUGACUUAUUUGUUUGACUUUGGGAAGAUAUAUGAUAUUAGAGACGAAGUUAACGACUUUUUUAGGAGUGCGGAGCGGGAGUUAAUCCAGGAGAUGUUUCAAGAGGUGCUUACCGUAUGGAAACCGGCUUAAGAGUUCUGGUGGUGUGUUGGAUUUUGAUAUGAAAUGGAUGUAUGUAUAGGAUAUAGAUGUGUGUUUAGCUUCUAUAACUGAAGCAGUGUGUAUAAAUUCUGUAUGUUUAGCAGAACACUUGGACUGUUAUAAUGGUUGUGAACUUUAGUAGAUUUGGCUUUAUACUUGGUUUUAAUUAGAGUUGACAAAUUGGGAUGAUGAA